ACUUCCAACCCACAUUGAGCUUCCUGUGUUUGGAGAUCUGAAGAUGCCUGAGCCAGCCAAGUCCGCGCCCGCCCCGAAGAAGGGCUCCAAGAAGGCCGUGACCAAGGCGCAGAAGAAGGACGGCAAGAAGCGCAAGCGCAGCCGCAAGGAGAGCUACUCGGUGUACGUGUACAAGGUGCUGAAGCAGGUCCACCCCGACACCGGCAUCUCUUCCAAGGCCAUGGGCAUCAUGAACUCGUUCGUCAACGACAUCUUCGAGCGUAUCGCGGGCGAGGCGUCGCGCCUGGCGCAUUACAACAAGCGCUCGACCAUCACGUCCAGGGAGAUCCAGACGGCCGUGCGCCUGCUGCUGCCCGGGGAGCUGGCCAAGCACGCCGUGUCCGAGGGCACCAAGGCCGUCACCAAGUACACCAGCUCCAAGUGAAGUGACCGUGCCAAGAGGCGUAGACAUGGCAUCUCUUCUACCGUUCGUCAGUGCUGGAUGUUGUUUCAUCUGACAAAUGAGAUGAGGGAAAUGGAGGGAAAUGGGAGAUACUAGCAGACUAAUGGCCAUAUUUAAUUUCAAAACUCGAGGAACACGUGAUAAAGAUUGGAUAGAAAAUGCUCACCGUAGACGUUUGUGAUAGGAAAGACACACAUGAGUAGAAAAUGAAAAUACUCCUAGCUAAAAAAAGCUUUUAAGUGUUGGUGAUAUGUGAAUAUAUACUGUACAUAUAAUAAAAAAAUCAUGUAAAGCAAA